GGAAAACUGCUGGCUUCCAGCGGGGAGUUCGUCGCUCUUUACUUCAGUCAUGUCAUACAUAUAUAUGAGUGGUGCCUGGACUUCAGCAUCAAGAUAAAGUACAACAUGAAUGAUAGUUGAGAUAUACAUUGGCCAAAAGUUCAGUAAUUGUCAGGAACUUUCUAGGUGUGACUUGUUUCCUGCAGUUUAAGGAGCUGUAACCACGAAGAUGGCAUUUCGACUGAGAUCCGACUCCCUUCAUCCUUGUCACCACCUCAGUGAACCCCUGAGGAACAUUUUCUGGUGUCGGCAUUGCAUGAAGAUUUUCACCCACCCAAUAGAUCGAUGGCGGCACAGUAAGACAUGUCGUGAUGGUGCUGAAAACAGUGAAGAAGGUGGUGUGUCCAAGCAAGUCUCCCUGAAGGAGGGAACCCUGUUCAGGUUUGGUGUUUGGGAUACUGACCCUGUUAUAUCACGGCCAAAAUCCAAGUCCGCAUCUCAGUAUGGAAUACGACUGCCUGGAACUGGGAAAGUGGCCAGUCAUCGAGGAACUGUUAAUCCACAAAACUUUGACCUCCAGUGUUUCAUUUGCAGACAGCCUUUUCAGAGUAUAGAUGAAAUGAGAAUUCAUGUGAAAACACCGUGCAGCAAACCUCCAGAUGUUCAAAAUGUGAAUCGAUUUCCUCCUGAAAUUACAAAUGUCAUACCUUCUAAACCACCUCUGCUUCAGAAGGAGACAUGUGUAUCAGGUGAAAGUAUUUCCAGUACAAAGAAUAAAACAAGGCUUAUAUCGCAGUCGCCUAGUAAAGAGAAAUUUGACCUCUUUGCAAGUUCUCCUCAAACUUCAAUCUGGAAUCAGGAUCUUGUAAUGGUGGAGAGGUAUGAUGAAACAGAUGGAUUGCCCUUACUUGAUGUGUUUCCUUUAGAUGACAGUCAUAAGCCCGAAGAGGUUUCUUUGCCAGAGGUAGGUGCUACAGAAGUGCCACAGAAGGGUAAUACAGAAGUACCACAGAUGGGUAAUACUGAAGUGCCAGAGGUAGGUGAUACAGAAGUGCCAGAGGUAGGUGAUACAGAAGUGCCACAGAUGGGAAAUGCAAAAGUGACAGAGAUGGCUAAUACAGAAGUGUUAGAGAUGAGUGAUACAGAAGUACCAGAGAUGGGUAAUACAGAAAUGGCGCUGGAUGAUAGAGCUGCCAAGAACACAGUCAGCUGUGCAAGUGAUGUGCAUGCAGGUCUUGUGAAACUGGAUGGGAAAAUUCCAACGUUGCAGCUAUCUCCAGUGAAUGUACCUAGCCUCAGAGAGGUUACAUUAAACAACACUCCAGAGACAACUGAAACUCACACAUUAUCCCCAGAGAAGAGUUUAAAACGAAAGUCAUCAGGUGACGUUUGUCCUGUUCCACUUAAAUCAAUGAAAGAAGAGGAAAAGCAAAUUACAACUGAGACAGCCAAAGCCAUACCAAUCAAGAAAAGCAAACGCAAGAGAGUUUUCAAGAAAGCGAAGAAAAAAAAAGCUGUUAACAAAAAUGUUUCAGUUACACCGGGCAAUGAGGAACGGUGUGAGUCGUUGGUUAAAAGUGACAGCGGAAAAAUGGCGCCAAACACGAUUUUAAGUGAAUUAGAUAAACCAGCUGAGUCAGCAGAAAUCUCUACAAUUGAAGAGGCAGAGAACAGGUCUGAUAAAGAUGUACUGGCACAAACUGUUAAAAUUUUGUGUUCGAGUGUUAAAAAACUGACACCAAGAAAGCCACCAAGACCACGAAAGUGUAAAAUUUGUGGGCGAUUCUAUAAAUCUCUAGAACAACUGCAACGGCAUAACCGUUUGCCAUGCAGAGUUAAACUUACCAGAAAUGUUUGUGCUAAGGUUCUCCGAUCUAACAGUCAGACUUCUGAGAAUGGUAUGAUAUUACAGCGAAGGAAUAGUGCCAGAUCAAAACCGAUUCCUCCAAAGAUCAUUCCUAAACGACGGCAAAAGAAACGUGUUAAAAAGCGUCCACCACCAUUUCGUGGUAAUCCAAUGCUACCUCAGUACAGACUGGUUUUUAAUGACCUUUCAGAGAAAGAACAGUUCUUCUUUGUGUUAAACAUGGUACCUAGAGAAGCCUUAAAUAUCCCUGUUGAUAGUGCAAUAGUUAAGACUGACUUAAAAGAUGAUAGUGCACCUCCUCUAGAUGAGGAGGUAGAAGACUUGUCUCCAAUAGAAGUUGGGGAUCUUUUUCUUAGUGACGAGCAUGUGCCUCCUCCCCAACUAGAAAAGAUCGAUAGUGUAAUAACUCUAGCCAUUGAUGAUGCUAUUGAAGACUUGGAGCCACCAAAACUUGAGAUGAUCAGCCCAUCAAACAACCGGCACUUUAUGGACAUGGUGUCACCCUCAGCGGAAAAGUGUCUCAAGUCGGUCUUUAGUCGGACGCCUACAGGGCAUAAAAGAAAACCCAAACGAGGACACGUGACAUCAAGAGCCCGAAAGGAUCGGUACUCCAUACUGCACCCCAUUGCCGUGGCUGCUGAGAAGCAAAACAAGAUUAAGAAAGGUAAUAAAACAGCGCAACCCGGCCACAGGGCUUCACAGCGGUUAAAGGAGAAGGCGUUGCUGAAGGUAUCUCAGGAUAAACUUAGAGAUGAAGAUAUGUCGUCGGAAGGCCUUAGAGACGCAAAAGAGGAUGAAGGACAUAUAAAACGAAGAAAGUGUCAACAACAUGUACACCAUAACGAAAGACUAAAAGGAGGACAUAUUGAAAACAUAGCAUCUAGUCAACAGAAAGCGGUGUGCAGUUGUCAGCUUUCACGUGAUAGCUGUAGAUGUGGUAGUAAGACGGGGUCACCAGUCUCAAGUCCUAGGAAAAGCUUAUUUGAAUCUCUCUCUGAUAUCUCUCAAUACCCUGGUGUCGCCAUCAGUGACUCUAAUUGCUCACCUUCAAUUGAAAAUCAAAACAAACUGCUAGAAAACUUUUCAGCUGCGAAGUCUCGACUUGGGAAAAUUCUUUCUCCAGUCAAGUCAAAGAAGGUAGAGAAUCCCACUGUAAACGUGAAGGCAGGCGCAACUACUCCUUUAGAUACAGUCUCAGCAGUGAAAUUUCAACCCGCAAAGUCAAAAACCCGAAAGAGGAAACAUAAGCCGACUUUAGGAGAAAGCACUGCACCAUGUAAAUCAGUGAGUGAAAAUGGUGUUUCAGACAUAGGUUUGGGGAAAUCAUCCAUUGAGAAGCAAAACUCAAAACAAACUGAACAAACUAGAUCACUGCCAGCAAAUCGGUUAAAAUUGGCUCGAAGAAACAGGUUUCCACAUUCUGAACAUGAAACCAUGCUCGAAAACUCAAAGCCCCCAAUUCUUUGUACAAAUGGUGAGGAGAAGAAACCAGUGAAGCAGAUUCGUUUUCCGUUGUUGGCAAGCCGAGGUGUCCCUCGACAAAUGGGACAGUCACCACCAAAGUCAGUCUCUCGUGAGAAACCUUUCUUCAUGAAAAAGGUUAAAGAAGACCUCUUUGACAGAGAAGUCGGUGAAACCGGCAUGUUUUGUCUAGUUCCUAAACAAGGUGCCAAUCAGACCGCGGUCAAGCAGAUUCCGUCUGGCGUAUCGCUCUCAAUGGUUACUGGUUUUGUUGACAUACCAUGCCAUUCUACCUCUAGUCAUAUAGGCACCACUGUGAGCAGAAAAGCACUGGCACGAGCUCAACUUUCACCAACAAAUCUCUGCACAUCAGGUGCUUUGCUACCCUCAAGUACAAGUUGUUCCCUAGGAAACUAUGUGCAAGAUGCUUUGCCGAUAGAAUCCUCCAAAGUGGAGCUGUCCGAUAUGUCCUCGACAGCCGCGGAAGAAGUAAAUGGCUGUUCCCUUCAGAGCACUGAGAAAGUAACCGUAGAGUAUAUAGACCAAGUGACAUCCUUGAUAAACCUUCCGGAAGUUAAUAUCAUAGGAAAUGAAAGUCUAGAGAGUUUAAUUCAACCAGAAGGAGUUGGUGACCUUGGCUACCUCCCUGUACUGGAUGAAACACACCAAAGUGACACUUCAGACAUGGACACAACCACUGGUAUUCACACUAUUGAACCCCAGUUUCAAACCAUUCAGUUUUCCUGAGUGCAUGCGGUCUCUGUUUCCCAGUGUCCUGCCACUGGGUUUAUGAGAGAACAUUCAUUUGGAGAUUUUACUGCCACUAACUAAUAGUUUGUAAUAUCGUAUUUUUCUGUAUAUGUAUGUCUUUCUGAUGCAUUCUAUGUCUUUCAUCUGUAAAUGUUCACACGACAACAGCGCCUUAUCAAAUACUAUUUACUCCUGGAGAUGCUGGAGACCCAUCCAUGGUGUAUUCAAAAAUGCAGUUCGUGAAAGAGUUAUAUGACAUUUUACUAGAAGUUCUUAAGCAUGGAGUGGAGUGAGCACAGGUAGCUUAAUAGUUGCUUUCUCAAUCUGUAGCGGAAAUUUAAUAUGGGAAAUGAAUCCUUCUAUUUUCGUGUCAUGAUAGAUUACAGAAUCUCGCUUUGAUACACAUUUGAUAUUAUGGCUUACUGAAACAGUUGGUGCUUUACGUGCAUAAACGUGUUAUAAAUGCUAUAAAUUAGCUGUCUUCUGAACGCAUGUUGAUAGAGGUCUAAGUUUGAAAUCUCGUCUAACAUAGGCAGGAAUCGUUCUUCAUACCUGUAUAUCAUGGAGUGUGUAGUGCAAUUAUAAUGUUUUACCAUUCAUUAAGUAUCUCUUAUUGUGUUAAAAUGUAUUGUCUGUAUUGAGCUUGUUGAUUAAGUACGUCUUUACAUUUAAGCACACCAAACUGCAGUAGUUAUACAAUUGUUCCCUUAAACGCGUUUUGUAUAGUCCUUGCAUGACAUUGGUAAAACGUAGCUUCUAAUGUCUUUUUCUGGACAUGGUUGGCUUCUAAGUGAUAUGUAGUAUCAUAAAGUCUGUAGAAAACCAGCUUUACACUGUGACCUUGGUAACUUCUUCUGUCUGUUUGCAGAAGUGGCUCAUCUCGUACAUAAAUAUAUGAUCUAUGCGGUCAUGUACUAUAGUAUAGCAUCGUCCCCGCCGUGUAUAUUUUAACAUAAAUAUUGUUUUGUGGAUGUUUUAUAUAUGUUUUUUUUUUUUAGAAUAGAAAAUAU